GCGACCGCGGGCUCUGGGCCCGAGCGCGGCGGCGCGGCCCGCAUGGCUCAGGAGCGGGGGCUGGGGGCCCGCGCGCCCGCGGGUUCUCGCACCCUCCUGGACGCCCUGCUCCGGAACCUCUACGACUUUGGAGAAACACAAUAUGAAGCAGAACAGAAAAGGAGCAGAAAGAAAGGAGAAAAGAAGAAGAGAGAUGCUGGGACCCCAGCGGCAGUGACAGGAGAGCCAGCUCCCCUACCUGGUUCUCUUGUAAGAGGCCAAAGGAAGAGUGCUUCCAGCUUCUUCAAGGAACUCCAAGAAGAGCUGCAGUGCACUCCUGCUGUGACCCCCGCAGAACCCCCUUCAGGACCAGAAGUCCCUUGUGCUGCAGCAUCACCCUCAACCCUGAAGAACAGCAGGGAGCAAGUAGAAGUGAUAGAAUUUCACAGCAGAAAUAAAAAAAGAAAAGAGAAGCUAGAUCAAAAUGAGAACAUGCAGAUCAAAAGUAGUAUCCUUGAGAAAGAUGUGGAUAGACAAGAAUUUAACUUAGAGAAGGCUCGCUUGGAAGUGCACCGGUUCGGGAUCUCAGGUUAUGGAAAGGGAAAGGAACGAGUCCUGGAACGGGAACGUGCCAUCAUGCUGGGUGCCAAGCCUCCCAAAAACAGUUAUGUGAAUUACAAGGUUCUGCAGGAGCAGAUCAAAGGAAAAAAGGCAGCAAAGGAAGAAGAAAAGAGAAUGGCCCAGGACACAGAUAUUUUCAAGAAAAAGAAGAAGAAGAGAGUGCAGGAAGACAGGAAAUCCAAAAAGAAGAAAUCAGCUCCCAGUAUUUUGUCAAAUGGACGGAUUGGGCAGGUUGGAAAAUUCAAAAAUGGGACCCUGAUUUUGAGCCAGGUUGAUAUCAAGAAAAUAAAUUCAUCUCGAGUGGCUAAAUGAAAUACUUCAUAAAAUAAAGGGAAGAACGUUGUACUGAAACUGGACUCCCACAAAACUUCCAGAUUAUUUUUAUUUAUUUCAUAUUUCAUAGACUGCUUUUCUAUUUUAGGGAAAAAAACGUCAAAUAGAAAUAAUAAAAUUUGUCGUUUCUUAA